CAUGGACCAUUUCUGAUCCCAGCUCUGAUGGGUUACGUUGAUCUAGAAGGGAACACUGCGGUGACACAUUUAUCACCCUCUGAGGCCACAUCUUUAAAACAUGGAUGAUUUAGAGCUGAACAGCAACAUCACUGUGACGUAAGUCUGACCUAAUGCAAUGCUGAGUGACUUCUCGAAGCAUACUGAACUGAGCUGAGAGAAUGAGGCAAGCUGUGAGUGCCACUCUCUCUGUCUGGGGCGAAAGACGCUUGGGAUACUCUACUCUAAAUGACUCAAGGGAGGCACUUCUGGAGGACAGCUGCCUAAAGCCUGGACUUAAAGAAGACUCUGUUGUGGAAGAGAAGGAGCUGGCAGAUGGAGAGAAGGAAGAGCAAGAGGCCGUGGUGGGAAGCUCACCCUCUCCACCUCCGGCAUUGACCCAGGGCAAUGAGGCUGGUCCAGAACAUCCGCCGACACACACGCAAUUAUCUAAUCUCAGAUCCGAAUUGUCCUUGGGCCGCAGAGGCAGCGUGAAAAUAAGUGCACCCGAGAGUGAAUCAUCAGAAGUGAGAAGAGGAUCUCUGGGUUCCCUACUCGUGCAGCGCUGCAGUUCUCUGGGCUCCACAGCUCCACAGUGGGUCCCUGAUUCCCAGGCUCCUGUGUGUAUGAAAUGUGGAUCCAGAUUUUCUUUCACAAGGAGGCGGCACCAUUGCAGAGCCUGUGGGAAGGUGUUCUGUGUGGUGUGCUGUGACCUACGGUUCAGGUUGACUCACCUUGGUGGUAAAGAGGGUCGGGUCUGUGUCACCUGUCACUCUACACUAAUAAACAGAACUCUUCGCAAAGAACAAAAGAAAGUGUGGUUUGCUGACAACGUUCUCCCUAAAAACGAGACUUUUAGUGCCGAUAAUACUCCAACCCGGGGGUCCGCAGAUCCAUCUGCAAUGUCAAACUCUCCAAGCCUGGGGCGAGAGGGAGUGGUUAACAGCCCCAAAGGAAACUCAGCAAAGCCUUUACCACAUAAGGGGCUUCCACCCAUCCUUACAUCUACAGGGGUAAAAGGAGAUUACACAGUGGAGGAAAAGCGGACCGAGAUCUCACUGCUGGAGGAACUGGAGCAAGGCCAGACUGAGCCACUGGUGUUUGUUCUUAAUGCCAACCUUCUGGCUAUGGUGAAGAUCGUCAGCUAUGUGAACAGAAGGUGUUGGUGUGUAACAUCUAAAGGGAUGCAUGCAGUGGGUCAGCCAGAGGUAGUUGUGCUAUUACAGUGCUUGCCUGAAGAGAAGAGAUUCCCAACAGACAUCUUCAACCAUUUUAUUCAGAUCUACUGGGAUGCUCAGACAGGAAAGCUCUUGAAUCAUUUAAGCCAUUCUUUGGCAGCACGGGGGUUUCUGGGUAGCGAGGAUCAUGCCGGAUUUCUCUACGUGCGUCCCACAUUACAAUCCCUGGACGGUCUGCCACUGCCCCCUCAGCCCUUCUUGUUUGGUCUUCUGAUUCAUCGGGCUGAGAGUCCCUGGGCCAGAGCGUUCCCUCUGCGUCUCAUGUUACGUUUGGGCGCUGAGUAUCGUUUCUACCCCUGUCCACUGUUCAGUGUGCGGUUUAGGGAGCCACUCUUUGGCCAGAUCAACAACAGCAUCAUGAGGCUCCUGGUGGACUUUCGGUUUUACCGGUACACAUUACCGGUAGUGACAGGGCUUAUGGUUGAUUUAGAGGCACGGAGCACAUGCAUAACGAUCCCUAAAAGCCGCCAUGCUGAGCUGCUAAAGGUGCUGAAUAAGUCAAAUGAGAAACUGCUGGCCAUGGGCGCCUGUUUUAAUGAGCGUGCCGACUCCCAUCUCAUCUGCGUACAGACUGCAGACGGACAGUACCAGACGCAGGCUAUCAGCAUUCACAAUCAACCUCGCAGGAUUACAGGCUCCUGCUUUUUUGUAUUCAGUGGAGCUCUGAAGGCAUCAUCAGGAUUCCUGGCCAAGUCCAGCAUCGUUGAAGAUGGGUUGUUGGUGCAAGUAACUAUGGAAACCAUGGUGGAGUUACGACGAGCUCUCCGAGACAUGAGAGACUUCACUCUUACCUGUGGAAAACUCCAGCAGUCAGACAGACAGGAAUAUGUAAAUAUUCAGUGGCAGGAUGAAGAGCCCAGUUUUAAUAAAGGAAUAAUCAGCCCUAUUGAUGGAAAGUCUAUGGAAUCGGUUUCUUGUGUUAAGGCUCACCAGCGGUUAGAGUAUCGAGCUACUGGAAAGGUCAUACGUUGGACAGAGGUGUUCUUUCUUCAGAGAGAGGAACAGUCCAACGGCAACCAUGCCAACUAUAAUCGCCUGAUUGAGCGACUGGCACGAGCAUUCUGCCUGGCCCUGUCCCAGUCCCUGAGUCUGCUCAAGGAGGAUGGUAUGACCAAAUUAGCUCUGCGCGUCACAUUGGAUGGACAGAAGAUGGUGUUUCUGUCAGGCAGUAAUGGCCAGCUUCUGCCACUGUGCUACUUGGACAGUCUGAACCAGUCAUUAACAUCGGUCGUGCUAAGUCUAUGUCAGCAUCAUGGAUACACAGCUCUGCAGCUAGAGCUCAUCUUUUACAUUCUGGAGGACAUAUCCUAGAGAAGAACAGGCUGAAAGCUCCACCACAGUACCGCCCGCCUGGUUAUGUACUGCUGGGUAGAAUAGAGGAGACACACUGUGCCAUAGACCCAACCUAGACCUAACCCCUUCACAUAAUCUAGAUACCUGAAAAGAUAAAUAAUACACAUACCAUAUUACUCCCAGAUUCAUACCUCUUUAGAAUAGUUGUAUCGACUUGAGCCAGUAGAUUCUAGACUGAGCCAUGUUCAAAACUACUUUUCACCAGCAGCUUUGUAGACAAUUGGCGUACACUACAUGGCCAAAAGUAUGUGGACACGUAAAGAUAACAUGCUCUUUAAACAUCUCAUCCCAAAUCCAUUGCGUUGUCCUAGAAUUGAUCCCUCCUUUUGCUGCUCUUUUAAAGAGCUUUUUACUAGAUUUUGGAACUUCAUUCCCAGGGUUCCCUGCCAUUCAUAAACGAGAAAUUAGUUAAAUUGGGUGCUGAUAUUGGUUUACAGGACUUGGCAUAAGGUUUCAGUAUAUCCUUAAGAUGCUGUUGGGGUAGGUUUCAGUGCUUUGUAGAGGCAAGUUAAGAUCUUAGAAUGUUGUCACUAACUAGAUAUCAAACAAUCAUGUAAAAUAACACUAUCAUUAUGAGGGUUUUCACUGGAACUAAAGGACAAACCCUUUGAUGGACUGGUGACCUGUCCAGAGUGGUUUCUGAAUUUCGCCCAGUGAAUUGUACCUACUGUGACCUUGAAUCAGAUAAAGCAGUGGUAAAACAGACAGUGAAUGAAUGAACUAAGGGACGAGACUCAAACCUUCCUGAAUCGUUAUCUGUCCUUUAAAAGGUUUUUCUUAAUGAACAUUCUCUAUUGUGCUAUUGUGCUUUACUCCAUCCAGUUUGGCAUUAAACACUGUAUUUAGCUUACUGCUUAGCCAUGGAAAUCCAGUCAAUAAAUAGUUACUCUGCUGACUGCAGUUUGGGACUUGGUAAUGAGUGCAAAGAUAUUUUUUGUAGUACUAAUAUGCAAAAUAGCUUUCAGUAGUCCCAUUCUGUGAGCUUGUGUGGCCUUCUGUUUUCUGGCUGAGCUACUUAUGUAUUUUUAGUAACUUCAUAAUCACAGCACCCUUUUAGUUGACCAGGCAACUCAAGACGGACAGAAAUGUAAAAGUUCUCACACUUGCCAAUGUGAUGUAUUGGGAGAUUGCAUGGCUGUAUUUUAGGAACCUGUAAAGAAUGAAUGUAAAUAAAAAAAAGUUUAAUUUGCUUACCGGAAAACGUGUCAACAUAGUUUUGGCAAUGUAGUUCAAGCUUUGGUAUUAGAUGCAUGUUCACCAAUACAUGAAAGAAAACAAAACGCUAUGUUUUUGGGUGAAUGGACUUGAUUAGCAUGACUUAUACCUAGUUCUUUUAUAACAUUUUUGUUACAUUAAUAAUGAUUUGUGGAGUCCAGGGUGGUUUACAGUGAAUCUCCGAUAAACGUCCAGAUGCUGGUUUGUAGAUAUACAGCAUUUUCACCUCUGUGACAUUGUACAAAUACCAUUCACACCUGUGGCUAUAAAAACACCAGUUUUAGAUCUUCCUGCAAUACAGUAGAUAGUUGUAAAAAAUAUCAAACUCUUAUGUACAGCCUCUGAGCUUACUUAGAACAACUAAUAAAAAGUACAAUAGCUACAUUAUCUGUAUCCACUAUACAAAGUUUUAUCAAAUGUACCUAUUGAAGCUACUUUCCAACCCACUUUUCCUCAUACACACACACACACACACACACACACACACACACACACACACACACACACUAGCGUAGGCAGCUUGCUGAUCUUUCAACUUCACAUUAUAUUCCUCUGCCCCUUUUAGAAAGAGAAUAGAAGUUUUGUUUACAUCCUACAUGACUGGCAUAACUGAGAUUACAGAGACGUCGCAUGCAGACACUUACUAAAACAAUGGUGUGUUGCACAACCAACUGAACAAGUGAAACAACCAGCACAGCUGAAACUAACCUUUGAACACAUAGCUGGGGUAAAAGUAAAUGUGCAUUAUAGAAACAGGGUUGGUAUAACGGCUGCCAUAACGGCUGCCAUACGUUGAAUUACAUAUUAAACAAACCUAUAUACUGGCAAACAA